AUGCCGAUGCCUGCGCAUCGACCUAGCACGACCACGCAAGCUCUACCAGCAGAAGCAGAGGUAGAGGACAAUGCCCUGAGGACCGAGGCUCAGGCUUCAGAUGACCCUGACCCAGCCUUGGCCCUCCCCCCCGCCGCCGAAUCGGACCAGUCUGGCCCACGCUUAGAACCUCAAGAUCGACGACUGCUUGAGCUGUAUCUGCUUCACCACUAUACCACGGUAGUGGCGCCGCUGUUUCCGACAGAAAGCGGGCAAGCGUCCCAGAGGCCAAUCUACUCCGUCGAGGCAGUGAGGCUGGCGUUUCAGCACGAGUGCCUGCUGGCCGCCAUCUUCGCCGUAUCGUCGCUACACAUCGCCUUGGAGGUGAUCGAAGGCCGCGUCACAUACAGCAAUGAGCAUUCUCUAGACGUCGAACCGGGGCAGGCCCGAGGAGGCGACCUCGUAAAAACGCACCCUGUCCCCGCGGCGCUUUCCCACGUCAACAUGCGCGAAACGCAUCACUUCUACCUUCAAUCGGCCCUCCAGUUUCAACAGCAGGCUCUGAUGGCUAUUUCCGCGGCCAACGCAGAGUCUCUGGCCUUGACCUCCAUUCUGAUCUCGAUCGCCGCUAUGCAUCUGCAAGAAAGCUCGGUCGCCUAUCGUCCGCCUACACAGUAUCUCAACUUGUCUCGUGGCAUUCGCUCCACCGUCACCGCUGCGCACUCCAUGUCGUUCCACGGUCACAUCCUAUCAGACCUGCUCUCAGCCGACCGGGUCAAGUAUACGCCUGGGCGCUCCGACAUGGACGUUCUCUUUGACCCUGUCAAUGUCGGCCCGUUUGCACCUAUUCUUGAAUUCCAGAAAUGCCUGACAAGUGCUCCGAGAAACGGGCCCGGUCCCGUCUUUCCCGGAACCUCAACACCACCGGAGAUACAGUCGACUCUCUCACAGACCGUCGCCCUAGUUGGCUCCAUCCAUGCGGCCUUCCUGCGCGACGAGCCGCCCUACCAGCUCUCGCGCCGCGUGACGGCAUUUCCAACCCUGGCCCCGGCGGCGUACCUAUCUCUAGUCGCAUCUAUGCAUCCCUGCGCCCUGGUAAUCCUCGCGCACUACUUUGCCAUGACCACGCCUUUGGCAAGACACUACUGGUUCUUCCGCGGAGUGGCACAGCGAGAGGUCCGAGGAAUCGCGGGCGCUUUGCCAACAGAAUGGGACUGGGCCAUGUCGUGGCCGUCCAAGGUGUGCGAGACCGGAGACGUAGUCGGUGAGGGCACAGAUGAGAUUUUGAGGCAGUACGGGACUUGCGCCGGGAUGGGUGGCGGAGAGGUCGAAUGUGGUUGA